AUGUCUCAAAUUCCACUUCACAAAAUUGUCCUCUACAAUAAUGGAUUAUGUUCCUUUGAGAGAAGAACGACUGAUCCCAUGAAAGGAGAUCAAGAAAUGACUCUCUUCUUUAAAAAUUCAAAUUAUCAAGAUGUUACAAAAUCCGUCUGCUUCUCCACUCGGGGUGCUUCCGACUCUUCGAGUUCUGGUAGUAGUAGCGUUUCAAGUGUCUCUUAUCAAAACACAGUUGAAGAGACAGAUAAGCUCAACAUUUCCAUUCCAGAGCAUGCUCCCUUGACUGGAAUGUUGAAAGAACUGAAAGGAGCAUCUGUAACGUUAUCUUUCCAUGGAGGUAGUUCAGAUGUCUCUGGUGUCUUGUUGGGAGUGGAGGACAUGAUGGAUCCUCUCACCAAAGUGAGUGUUCCCUCAGUGGCUCUCUUUACCAAGAAUUGCACCAUUCAGAAUUUCAUCUUGUCCAAUGUGGCAGGAGUCAAAUUCAACGAUCCGAACAUUCAAGCCGAUGUUCAACACAGUUUGGAGUCGUACAUUAGUCAGAGAAAUAAGGAUCUUUUCAAUUUGACUGUUUUCACUAAGGGAGAGAAUGAGUACAUGGUUCAAGCCAAUUAUGAUGAAAUGUCUCAACCUUGGGCACCAACGUAUCGAUUUAAAUUUCAAACCAGUGAUAGUGAUGGCAAUAGUAGGGAAGGUGAAGAGAACAAUAAGAAUGGUCAGAGUCAGGCAAAGGGUCUUUUGGAUUGCUUAGCCAUUAUUAAGAACGAUCAAGAAGAGGACUACUCGAAUGUUCAACUCGUACUGGUCACUGGUGCUCCACCUGUGGCCAACUCGAGUUUGAAUUCAUCAUCCUCUGCUCAAAGUGGAGGUAUGAAUAUUUCCAUCGUGUAUGUCAAAUCAGGAAAUUCAUUCUCCAUGCAAGUGAAUCCUUCCACUCUUGUUGAUGAAGUGAAAAGACGUAUUCAAAACUCUCAAAACAUUUCUUACAAGCGAAUCAAGUUAUUCUUUGCUGGUAAACAAUUGGAAGAAGGAAGAAUGAUGAGUGAUUACAACAUUCAAAACGAGAGUCGAAUUCAUUUGAAAGAGGAUAGUACAACGGAAGAGUCGAGUGAGAGUAUCACUGAAAAUUCCACAUUAUUAGGGUCAUCUCAGUCGCUUCGUAUGGCUGACUCUUCUAAUUUGUCGUUCUUUGAAAUUGAAUAUCCAAUUACUGUGAAACGCAAACAACAGGCCAUGAUUUCUUUCCUCAAGAAGGAGGUGGAUGUGAAGAAAGUGUUGCUCUUUAAUGAAAGUAUCAAGACUGGAAAUCCAUUGAAUGCUGUCAUCUUUCAGAACACUACAGGAUAUGUCUUGGAACCUGGUAACAUUACAUUCAGAGAUGAGAAUGAUAAUGUUGUGGGAGAAUCGGUUUUGAGUCAAAUGUGGAAUCAAGAUGAAACCUUGUUACCCAUCUCUCUUCAAUUGGCCAUUGAGGUGACAAAAGAUUUCAAUAUCAGUCAAACAGAAUACCAUCAAAUUAUGAUUAAGAAUGGUACCAUUUCAUUGUACAAGUACAAGAAACAAACAACAACCUAUGAUUUCAAUAAUAAGAGUCAUCACAAGUAUGAAGAAGUUUAUGUGGAUCACAUGUUUGUCGAUGGAUGGGAUUUGGAGAGUGCUGAAGGAUUUGUCAAUGCUGAGCCAUGUGAUAUUACGGAUCGAUAUUAUCGUUUCAGUGGAGAGUUGUUGCCGAAUGAGAAGAAAAAGUUUUCUGUCACAGAAAAAGCCAUCAAAGUCGACACCAUUGAUAUUAAUUCCAUCUCAUCAGAGGUCUUGCAAAAACAUGCCAAAUACAUCCAAGAUUUAUCCGUAUUGAAAGCAUUGCAAGACUCUAUCGAGUUGAGAAGAGAAGCAGAUGCGAUCAUGAGUCGAAUUUAUCUCACCGAGUCAGAAAUUCGAGAAGUGAAAGACGAUCAACAACGUAUUCGAAGUAAUAUCGAAGUCGUGAAGAGUAACAAUCAACAACAAAUGAAGUAUAUUACAGAGUUGUCCAAGAAGGAUGAUGAACUUGUGGAAUUAUAUGCUCUCAAGAAGCGACUUGAAGAGGAGAAGAAUAAUAUUAAUAAGAAACAAAAACAAGUGGUCAUGUCUAUUCACUUGAAUGAAGAAAUAGUUCUCGAGGAGAAAAAGUGA